AUGUCGCAUCAGUUCGAACAACGCGCACAGCCGCCUCAGAUCCAUCCCUCCAAUCCUUCCGAACCCCUGCUCUUCCUCUACUGGAACGCCGCCAAGCCGUUUUUGCUUACCAACGCUUUCGUGUUCUCUAGACGUCCAUGCGGAAUAUGA